UUUCUAGUCAGGCGGAGAGGGCGCCUAAAAGAGGUCCUUUUUCCUGUUGACGUGUAUGCUUGUCAGCGAUAUGUGAAACUAAACGAAACGGAGGAAAUAAAACAUUGCAUAACUUUCCUUUAAAUACUUUUUACCUUGUUUUUAGUGGCGUCCUUAAACCGUCACUGAAGAUGGAGACGCUUUACCAUCAGACCAAUAAACAAAUCCAGGAGGUUCAGUCUCACAUGGGAAGACUGGAGACAACAGACCGACAGUCAGUCCAUUUACUUGAAAAUGAACUUCAAGCAAGAAUUGACCAGAUCUUUAAUCAGCUGGAGCGACUGGAGAUACUGGCCAGUAAAGAGCCACCAAACCGCCGGCAAAACGCCAAACUGCGUGUUGAUCAGUUGAAGUAUGAUGUGCAGCAUCUCCAGACCGCCCUGAGGAACUUCCAGCACCGCCGUUACGCUCGCGAGGCUCAGGAGAGAGAAAGAGAGGAGCUCUUGAGCCGAAGCUUCACAACAAACGAUGCAGACACCUCCAUCCCUAUUGAUGAAACCCUACAGUUUAAUAGCAGUCUGCAAAACGCUCACAGAGGAAUGGACGACCUGCUGGGCUCCGGCUCCAGCAUCCUUAACGGCCUGAGAGACCAGAGGAGCACGCUUAAGGGUACCCAUAAAAAGAUGCUGGAUGUGGCAAACAUGUUGGGUUUGUCGAACACGGUCAUGCGUUUCAUUGAGAAGCGAGCAUCGCAGGACAAGUUCAUCAUGAUGGCUGGAAUGCUGGCUACUUGCUUUGUCAUGUUCCUGGUGGUGAAAUACCUGAGCUGAACUCUCCCAGCUUGAGCCGACCCUGCUGCUCGAUGGCGUCAGUGCUUCAUUCCGGUUUUCAUGCCACAUGCAUCACAUCUAUGAAAAAUGCACAGGUGUGCUGAAAGAAAAUCACAGAACUGCCUCUUUGCAGGAUGACUGCCACUCUUCAACAUCACAAACCUGUUAUGUCUCGAAGUCUUUCUUCUUUAAAUGUGUUUUUAAAGACAUUGAAUCCUUUCAGAACUUUCCUCUCAGCUAAUUCAGAAAUAAGCAGCAAAUUUGUCUUACUGCUCUUUAUUUUAGAGUCUAGACUGAACUAAAACCUUUAUUUCUCGUCUGUAUUAUUGAAGUAUUAGAGCAAAUAAUUAUUAUAGACAUUUAGAUUUAAAAUGCAUAAUGGUUAAAGAAUCGGUCUGUUAUCUUGCUCUUCAUUGCCACCUUCUGGACAAAAAAAAAACUUAAAUAUUUGGUUACUCAGUGCUCAGUUUGUACUGUAUUGUUUAUAAUGCUUCUAACCUGUAAAUACAAAUUUCUGUGCAAUAAACUCAAGUAGCAUCCAGCUGCCCUGAAAUGUUAAACUCUA